GUCAAGGCGCAGUGCCUCUCUCGCUCUCUCGCUCACCUCCUCCUCCUCUUCAUUGCCGCGCCAAUUCUCUGCUUGUUUGCAGAGCCAGAUUCUUUGCGAGAGCUUUCAAGGCAGUUGGUUGUGUGAACCAGCUCGCGAGAUUUUAUUUUAUUUUAUUUUAUUUUAUUUUUUUCUCACCACUGGUGUGGUAUUAUUGUGUGGCGUGAAAUGGAGGGGAAGGUUUCCUGUUGUUGAUGGAAAUUUGGGGUAAGAGGUGGUGGUUAGUUUGCUAGGGUUUGGUGAUCGCGUUAUGGUUGAGCGAGGAGCGUCACGAGCGAGUUCUUAAGGAAGGGCCUAGAAUUGGUGCAGGUGGAUUUUUAUUCGCGGAUGUUGGCUGUAUUAAUUUAAAAGUGAGGUGGCGAUGGUUCCAGUAAAUUGGCGGGAGCGGAUGGUUUCAGGUUUUGGAGAACUUUAGGUGUAGGUGAAGUGCGUGAUUCUAUUGGAGUGCAAUGAUAAGGAGGUGUGGAGGGGAAAAUGCGAAGGGAUUACGAUUGCUCAGUGUUGUUGCUGCACUCUGGAUUGUCACGAAAGACGUAGGAGGCUUGUUUUUGUCAGGAUCAAGCAGGAAUUUGGUUCUGAAAGAGAGAAGGCGUGGGUCUCUAGUGCUUUCAGAACUGUUGUACAUUUAUGCGUAGGUCGAGGGCGAGCAUAACACCUUCAUCAUGGGUGAUGCUCUAAAAUCGACAGUUAUGGAAGUGUCGGACACUUCUGCGACAGCAGCUUCAGAUCUUCAUGAGUCUCCGCCAGCUCCUACUGCAGCUCCGGGGAGUGUGGCAGCUGGAAGCCAGCCACCCGCAGCUCUUGAAGCUUUUUCUCAACAAGUGAAAAGCCAACCGUUGGCCUUUACACCAGCGUCUCCGGUGAUGCCAAGGCCUGUUUUACGGUCGAUGGACGUUGAUCCAUCCCACGUGAUUAUGGCAGUUUCAACACCGUCUCAAACUUCUCAAGUGGGAGAUCAUCCUACAAGAAAAGCUGUACCGAGGCAACUUGAUUUUACAACCAUGUAUGGAGGCCCUGUUGGGCUAGCAGACAACUCUGUCCGCACACCUCAACCUUCUUUGAAGCACGAGUCUCCAAGACAGCGAUCAAGGUCCUUCGAUGCAAAGGAUGGCACGCCAAAGAAGUGCAAGCAAUGUAACUGCAAAAACUCUCGCUGCUUGAAACUGUAUUGUGAAUGUUUUGCCUCAGGUACAUAUUGUGAGGGUUGCAAUUGUGUAAACUGUUGCAACAAUGUUGAGAAUGAAAUCGUUCGUCAGGAAGCAGUGGAAGCCACCUUAGAGCGAAAUCCCAAUGCAUUUCGGCCUAAGAUAUUUAGCAGUCCUGGUAUACGAGACUCGGGGGAGGAUGUUGGAGAGCAUCCUCUGGCGGGCAAGCACAACAAAGGAUGCCACUGUAAAAAGUCGGGGUGCCUCAAGAAGUAUUGCGAAUGCUUCCAAGCCAAUAUUCUAUGUUCCGAGAAUUGUAAAUGUGUUGACUGCAAAAACUUCGACGGUAGUGAAGAGAGACGAGCGCUGUUUCAAGCAGACCACAACAUGAGUGUGAAUUUUAUGCAACCGUUGGGAGGCAGUGGAGUUUUAUCAAAUUCACCCGCAUAUUUGUCUCCUUCACCUCUUCUGAAGAAACGACGAACUCACGAGCUUGUAUUUUCUGGACCUGGCUUGAAGGAGCAGGUUUCAGUGAAAAGGACACCUUCUUUGCCUUUGCAGUUAACAUCUGGGGGUGGAACCGCUCCCUCUUUGAGCCUUGCACUGAGUUCCACGAUUGCCUCCACACCUUCAAGUCAAGGAGUCUCACCGGCUGUGCCACCAGCCAAGCCAAUGCACAAAUCAUUACUGGCAGGUGUUGUGCAAAUUGAGGCCAUCCAUGAAUUAUGCAAGCUUCUUGUUGUCGUUUCUUCUGAAACUCAAAAAGAAAUUUUAGCAGCCAAACAUUCGUUAUCACAUACAACGAAGAUAAUAAAUAGUGAAACCGACGCUUCACUGGAACCUGCACCAACGGCUUGGACAGUGGAUGAAAGGAACCAUGGGCAAAAGGCGGAGAAAUUGUUCAGUGACCGGGCAGUAACAACCACAGGUCCUGAUGACGAAGAUGCUGAUAAGCCACAAAGACCUAUGUCUCCGGGAACCCUAGCGUUGAUGUGUGACGAGAAGGAGCCGUUGUUCACCGCCCCACCUUCUCCAAUAGGAGGCUUAGCAUCAGAAGAACUAAGCACUUCGGGUUCCCCACAAAUAGCCCUUCUGCAUGCAGAACAAGAGCGAGCAAUUUUAUUGGAAUUCCGAGAUUGUUUACGAAGAAUAACUUCAGUGGGAAACCGACGAGCCAGUCGAUAUUCUAACGAGAUCACGCACUCGGAAAUGUACGUCUUGGCAUCAGGUCAGCUCAACCAACAAGAGGGUGGAGCUCUUCGGUCCACUAGACCCAUAGUAUCCCCUGGCGAGCAUGGUUCACCGAGUGCUGUAGGCACUAGUUCCUCAUGUACCAUUGCCUUUAAACCAUCUAAUUUAGGUCUGCGUUUGCGUUCACCUGAAGGACCACCCACAAGAGUAUCCCAAUGAUUCUUGCGAAGAUGAGGGACAGAUUUUCGCCUUCAAAUUUACUCACAUUGGUAACUCAUUUUAGAAAAUCGUUACUGUGUAUAAAAGAAACUGAUUUACAUAAAAGCAUGUAAGAUACAUCAUACCCCACCCCCCCCC